AUGGACGACCAAGUUUACUCCUUCAUCCAUGGCGUCGGUACCGCAGCUGGUCGAGUGGGGGUGCAUCGAUGUCUCGAUCACGCAGAAGGCGGAGGAACAGCUACAACAACGGCAGUAGCUGGUCGAAAGGGGUCCAAUCGAUAUCUCGGCCGCGCAGCAGACGCAGCAGCAAACACAAGUUCAGCAGGACCCCUCAUCUUUGCCCUCGCCCUCUUCCGAGCUUUAUCAACAGGUAGCUGCCCCUUCCUCCUUGACUUUAACGGAGGGAUCCAAUACCAGUUUCAGUCCCAGCUCCAAAUCAGCAAGCUCAAGAUCCACGCUACCCUCGAGGACAUCAAGGUCCAACUCCACAUAAUGCUCGGCAUGAUCAACAGUAUGUCUCGAAACAUCCGACGAGAAGUCAUCACGCGCCAUGAGGAGGUCAGGGAUUUGUUAAUCCGCAACCGCAACGGCAAUUGCGAUGAAAAUGAGGACGACAACAACAACAACCACCACAACCACAACGACAAAGGGAAGGGCGCUGACAAUGGAAAUUGUAGUGGCCACAGAGACGGUUUCCACCAUGGUUUACCGCCUUCAGCAUCACCUGGUCCUGGAUCCUUACAUCCGAGUCCUCGUAUUCCCGAUGAAGUUCGCGCGACUGACGCCAUGAUGUAUCCAGGGAUCUCAUCAGAGCAGACGGGCGUUUCCGUGCGAUAUAUAUCUCUUGCCUGCAGCAUCCAGGAACUGUCGGCGAUUAUAGGGAGACAUUAAUAGUUAUUUUACAGCGACUACAAGCAGAAAAGAGCUAAAGUCGCAGGGAAACAA